CGUAGUGGGGCUGGCAAGAUGGCGGCGGCGGCGUUGGCAGGUGCUGUGAGAGCGGCUUCAGGAAUCUUACGGCCCCUGAAUAUUUUGGCAUCUUCAGCCUAUCAAAACUGUACCAAGAAUGCCUGUCUUAUUUCUGUACUGUUCACCAGACAUUUUAGCCACAUUCAAACACCUGUUGUCUCCUCAGCUCCCAGACUUCUUACAUCAGUCAGAAAUCUGGCAUGCAGACAUACUACAACAAUCCUGAACAGAGUGGUCCCCUUGCUUCCAAAUGUUCUGAAGCUACCAGUUAGAAGUGUGACAUACUACAGUUCAAGAAAAGGAAAGAGAAAGACUGUGAAAGCGGUCAUCCACAGGUUUCUUCGACUUCAUUCUGGCCUUUGGCUAAGGAGAAAGGCUGGCUAUAAGAAAAAAUUAUGGAAAAAGACGUCUGCAAGAAAAAGACGCUUAAGGGAGUUUGUGUUCUGCAAUAAAACCCAGAGUAAACUCUUAGAUAAGAUGACAACGUCUUUCUGGAAGAGGCGAAACUGGUAUGCUGAUGACCCUUACCAGAAAUAUCACGAUCGGACAAACCUGAGGGUAUAGAUCUGAAGUUUUGCAAAUUCCUAAUGAUUGAAUGUGUGUCUUUGUUGUAUAUAAUGUCUUUGCAAAAAUAAAUAAGUAUAAAACUUGA